GGCCCUUAAAAAUGCCAUUAAGUUCGAUUUAUAUUCAUGAUCCAGUUCUUAUUUAAAUCUAUGCCAUUUUCAUAUUUCCGGAUACCAGUUAAAUUUCUAUUUCGAAUCUCCCGCUGCGAAAUUUCAUACCGAUUGGUCGAAAAUGUUCCGGGUGUGAGUGUCCUGCGCAAAAAGUCGACUCCGGUUGUUGCUCUCGUACAAGUUCCCGACACUGAAGAAAACCAGUCCAAGACGAAUGUUUUCAUUCCGAUAUCGGAAUGAUGUUAGUAAAAUAAAGUGGACCUGCCGCUAAACGACCGAGCUGCUCCGUACACCCGUGUUUUCAGUGAGUUUAACGUAAAACAAGUGCAAUAUGAAAACCGAUUUUGACAUGUCUCAGCCUUUUUCCCUAUUCGUUUCUUCGUUGUGCUCGUCCUGUCCCUAAGUGCCGGGAUAGUCCUCCCUUCCGUAAUUUCCUGGAGUGAGUUUACACGGAAGAUCAGUCCAAAAUGGACGACAAGAAGUGCGCGCCGCGAUUCGGCGGUUCCAAAGUCUCGGAAAUCGCCAACAUUUUCCAGAAUCGCGCGCCCAAUCAGAAGGAGGACGUUUUGUUCGUCCCUCUACGGAAAACAACCAAGCUCAACAACAGCUCGUCGGAGAAGCUAGACGUCGAUUCUCCAACGGUUACCGUCAUGAGGACCGAAUCUCACGUGACCAGGUUCAAUAAUGCUCGGGCAAUGUUCGAAAAAUUGGGCUCAGAGGACCAGGCGAAGGUAGUUUCGAGAAUAAUACCUUUGCAGAGCGUCAAGAGCGCGUCCAACGUCUUGGACAGGUCGAGGAGCAGUUCCGCAAACAGUGAGACUAGGGAAACAAAGUCUCAGAGUUCGCGAUCGCCUUCUCCGCCGAAAAACCACGAGAAAUUCAGCCGGAGCACGCCCAUUUUGAAUAACGAGAACGAAAAUAAAAAAUCUAACGGUUUCUCAGGUGGUGAAGCGAUCAGAACCAAUGGCAAUGACGAACGAAGCAAACCGAUGUUGAUGAAGAAGCCAGAAAAGCCCGAGAAACCUGAACGCAAGUUUAACAGUAAAGAGCUCAUCGAACGCCAAAGGAAUUGGACUUCUCACUUCUCGAAAACGCGCGGUUCAAGAUACAAUAGCGAUCCAAAUAAAUCUGAGGUGAAACUGGCUGUGAACAGCCGAGAACCGUCCAGCGAACCUUCGAACAAAUCCGUUUCAGCCGCUGCUACUAGGAGCGCUUCUUUUAACAACGCGCGAAUUAUAAGUCCUCCUACCUCACCUCCUCCAGACCCUCCCAUCCGAACUGAAGCCUCCCGAAGACCUAACGUCACUAGAAAAGAACGUCCAGCUUCGGUCAUUCCUACCACCACCUACACCAGCACUCCUAAUAUUUCCAAAACUAGUCCCACAUCUCCCAAUAACGAAGUGAGUAACAAAAAAGAGAAGCGUUCUAGUUUAAUCCUGACUCCUACGUCAUCGGCGCCGAAGUUUGAGUCUUCUGUGGAAAAGAAGGAGUUUGUGCCGAAGUGUCUGUUUCGGGAGGAGAAGAAUAAUGAUAAUCUUCACAUUCCUGCGCCGAAUUACGUUCCGAAAUCGCCGUUGGAGGAUAAUGACGCGAGCAGGGAGAACCUGUCGGGUACUUCGGGGAGUUUGUCGUCGCUGAGUCCGCCGAGCAGUCCGAGCAAGUUGAGAUCCGAGCAGGAGAAGCAGGAGGAGGAGAGUAACGAGAAGUCGAUAUUAGGAAACCAUGAAAAUCACAAAAACGAAAAUAAGACUGACGAUUCUUUAAUAGUGCCAAAAAGAACAAAAGUUUCUAGUAUCUCACUCAACAUUCCGGCCGCUGGACUAGGUAGUAGGCCUGCCUCUAUUGUUACAACCUCCGAUGAAG